AUGCCCAAAAGACUGCUUCCCCCUACCGAGGAUCGACCAGCUCGUAGACACAACGGCCGGGCACGAGCUGCUCACCUUCAUGGAUGCCUAAUCCGAAUACAACCAAAUCAAAAUGCAUGUCCCAGAUCAGGAUCAUACCGCAUUCAUAACAGAUCAAGGAUUGCAGCUCUAAAUAGAUUCGUUUCGAGGUCAACAGAUAAGUGUCUUCCUUUCUUCAAAGUCCUAAGAAAGAAGGGAUCAUUUGAAUGGACGGCAGAGUGCAAGCAAGCACUGGAGCAGUUGAAAAACUACCUCUGCUCGGUACCUCUGCUCGCCAAGCCAUUGCCAGGAGACGAGCUCCACUUGUACCUGGCAGUGUCCGACAGCGCUGUCAGCUCGGCCUUAAUUAAGCAAGAAGGAGUAUGUCAAAGUCCCAUUUAUUAUACAAGCAAAGCCAUGACCGAGGCCGAGACCAGAUAUCCCCAAAUGGAGAAGGUGGCCCUUGCCCUAGUCACCUCGGCCCGAAGACUUAGGUCGUACUUCCAAGCACACACCGUCGUAGUGCUUACCAACUUGCCCUUGAAUAAUAUCUUCCAUAAGCCGGAGACAUCAGGGCGCCUGAUGAAGUGGGCAAUGGAGUUGAGCGAAUACGACAUCCAGUUCGAACCCAGAACUGCGUUGAAAGGGCAAGCAAUGGCAGAUUUCAUCGCGGAGCUCACCCCACCACUUCAAUCGGCCAAGUCCGACCUCCCGUGGACGAUCUACGUUGACGAAUCUUCCAAUGAGAGAGGGUGCGGGGCAGGAAUCCUCUUGCUCGCACCAAGUGGCGAGCGAUUCGAGUAUGCCCUGCGGUUCAAUUUUCGGACAUCAAAUAAUGAGGCUGAGUAUGAAGCGCUUCUGGCAGGGCUGCGCGUUGCCAGAGGAUUGGGGGCCAUCCACAUCAAGGUCUUCAGUGACUCCCAGCUGGUCGUAAAUCAGAUAAAAGAGAAGUAUCAAACGAAAGACUCCCGGAUGGAAAAGUCUAAGCAAAUGUAUGAAACUGACCUGGCCAGAUCGGUCCCUGUCGAGAUCCUGGAUAAUCCUUCAAUCUUGGAGCCAAAUUUGAUGGUGGUUGACACUCCAGAACCCUCGUGGAUGGAUCCAAUCAUGGAAUUUAUCAAAGGAAAUCCACCGCAAGAUUCAAAGGCACAUAAGAAGAUGGUGCAAAAAGUAGCUCGGUUCAUACUCCGAGAUGGAGCAUUGUAUCGACGAGGAUUUUCCCUGCCUCUCCUUAAGUGUGUAACUUUAGAAGAUGGGAAUUACAUCAUCAGAGAAAUUCACGAAGGAGUAUGUGGCAACCAUUCAGGAGCCAGGUCGCUAUCGGUCGAGGUGGUCCGACAAGGGUAUUAUUGGCCCACCGUUGAUCAGGAUGCCAAGCAGUUUGCGAAAGCUUGA